GGAAGUAUCCGGUUGGAAAACGUCGCUGCUGGAGACAAAGAGACCGGGGUAAUUUGGUUCCGGCCCAGAUGGCCUGUCAGUAGGAACUCCGCGGUUAGGAGGAAGGGUCGGUGGACACCGGCUGGGAGGUUUGUCCUUCCUUCCUGGCCGCGGCUGCCAUGAUCCCGAUUCCGCUGGUGGUGCUGGUGAUGGGGGGUUGGUGCGCCAUUUACCUGGCGGACACCUUGCUGAAGGUGAGGGCCCGGGCCCCUCCCCCUCUUGGUUCUCAUCUCGAGGAUCCUGGAGCUCAGGCAUCAGAUUCUUUGAAGACUUCUUAUGAAGAAUGGCUGACAUCUUAUGGAUUGAGCAUCUCCCCUUUUCACAUACGAUGGCAAACCCCUGUCUUCAAUCGCCUCUUUUACGAUUGGGGACGUUGGAAACCCAGGCUGCUUUACCAGUGGUUCAAUUUAGGAAUGGUCUUUGGAAUAAUUGCCAUGUUCAGUUCUAUUCUUCUUCUUGGAAAAACCCUGAUACAAACUUUGUCACAGAUGUUGACUGAAGUCCCUUCAGCUCAGAAUGAUAGGAUGCUACAAGUUGUGGUUCCUGGUGUAAAUUUACCUGUCAGCCAACUGACCUAUUUUUUUACUGCAAUCCUUAUUAGUGGUGUCAUUCAUGAAAUUGGCCAUGGGGUGGCAGCUAUCCGAGAACAAGUUCGAUUUAAUGGAUUUGGAAUUUUUAUCUUCAUUGUUUAUCCUGGAGCGUUUGUUGAUCUAUUCACUACCCACUUGCAACUUAUAUCUCCAGUCCAGCAGCUAAGAAUAUUCUGUGCAGGUGUCUGGCACAAUUUUGUACUUGGAGUUUUAAGUCUUGUGGCUCUCUUUAUGCUACCUGUAAUUCUUUUCCCACUUUACUACACUGGAGUUGGGGCCCUUGUUCUGGAUGUCACUGAGGACUCACCUGCUAAUGGACCCAGAGGCCUCUUUGUGGGAGACCUAGUCACCCAGCUCCAGGACUGUUCAGUUCAUAAAGUGGAAGAUUGGAAUUCCUGUCUGGGGAUCAUCUCCCAGGAGCCACAGAUUGGUUACUGUAUAAGUUCAACAACUUUGCAACAGUUAAGCUUCCCAGCCAGAGUAUACAAAAGGCUCGAUGGGACAGUUGAAUGCUGUAGCAACAACAGCCUCACAGAUGUCUGCUUUUCCUACAGUAAUAAUGUGGACACUCAUUUGUAUGCUUGUCUGCCAGCCCGGAAAACAAUUGAAGCUAAUCAAGUGUGUAGAAGUAAUGCAGAUUGUCAAAAGGACUUUAUUUCAAGUUUAUGUGUAAUACCGUCUUUGGAAAAUCAAACUCGAUUAAUUAGAGUGAAACACUCACCUCAGAUUGAUAUGCUGUUUGUAGGACAUCCGCUGCACCUUCAGUACACAGUGAGCCUCAGCAGUUUCAUCCCACGGUUCAACUUUCUAAGCAUUGAUCUACCUGUGGUAAUAGAGACAUUUUUCAAAUACCUGAUUUCACUCUCAGGAGCACUGGCUGUCAUCAAUGCUGUACCCUGCUUUGCUUUAGAUGGACAGUGGAUGUUAAACUCUUUUCUUGAAGCUACCCUUAGUUCACUGAUCAUAGACAAGCAAAAUAGAGAUUUGCUAGGAUUUUUAAUCUUGCUUGCUGGUAGUACACUUUUGGCUGCCAAUGUGGCCCUGGGACUCUGGAUGGUGACAGCCCGAUAAUACAUAUAUAUAUGUAUGUAUGUAUCUGGAGUCAUUUGACAAAAUCUGUGAGUUGUUACAAUGUGCCAAAAAAAAAAA